CACGUCCGCAAAUUCUCUCUCUCUCUCUCUCUCUCUCUCUCUCUCUCGUCUUGCCUGAUGAUUCCUCUCCAAGACCACCGUUUGAUCCCGAAACCCUCGCCAUUUCUCCAAAUCUCGGCUUCCCAUCCUCCAAAUCCUCACCAAAAAUGUUUCCCAACCAAAAAGAUCCCAGCUUUCUUCAAAUUUCCUACUUCUCACUUCCCAAAUUCUCUCGCGAUCCAAGUUUCAGCCCAAAAGACUGCACCUUUCUUGAAGAUCUUAGCUUCCAAUCUCCAAAUUCCCCUUGAGGACUCGGUGUUCACGAACAAUCUUUUGAAACCUCACCACUUUCUUGCUCUCAUGGCUGCCAUUUCUUUCCCUUUCCCUUCCUCUGCUGCUGAAACGGAGCUUUCUGCUUCAGAUAAGAUCAAUAUCGAAGCAAUUCUCAUCUCGAUCGAUGAUUUCUUGAACCAAAACCCAUUCUUUGUCGCCGGAGUCACGUUCAUUUGGCUCGUUGUGAUACCGCUGACCCAAGAGUAUCUAAAGAAGUAUAAGUACAUCAGCGCCAUUGAUGCUUUUCGGAAGCUAAGGGAUGUGCCCAAUUCACAGCUGCUGGAUAUUAGGAGUAAGAAGAGUGUUCAGUUUAUGAGUUCACCCAAUCUGAAUAUUUUUGAUAAGGAUGCGGUUCAGGUGGAGUUCGCUGAAGGGGAAGAAGAGGGCUUCGUGAAGGAGGUUAUGAAGAAUUUUAAGGAUCCUGCGAAUACCAUCAUCUGUGUUCUUGAUAGCUUUGAUGGUGUUUCCUUAGAAGUGGCCGAACUUUUGUUCAAGAAUGGUUUCAAAGAGGCAUAUGCAAUCAAAGGUGGACUCAGAGGCAAGGAUGGAUGGCAGGCUAUUCAAGAAACCUUACUCCCACCAUCCGUGCAUGUUCACCCAAAAAAGAGGAGUAAAACAACAAACCCCUCUGAAGUUAACAAUCAAAGGACAGAUGACCAGAACAAUGGCAAUGGUCAGGCACUGGCCUCUUCAAGCAUUCAUCACAACAGAAAUCAGAAUACAGGAUAUGAUUGCAUAGACUCUGUGGAAACUGCUCCAGAAGCAAAACUUGCUACUGAGAGACCUUUGUCUCCAUACCCUAAUUAUCCCGACUUGAAACCACCCUCUUCUCCAACUCCUUCGAAGCCAUGAGUAUUUUUUUUUUUGGUGCUGAUGUGCAAGGUUUGCUGCUGGACGAGAGGAGAAGCCAUCACAUGCAUAGAGCAAAAUUUUUCUUCUUCUGCACCACAUUUGAGCAUUUGUCAUGGGCAUGAAUGACUAGAGAGCUAUUUGGAUUUAGGGGUUGUUCAGCGGCAUGUGGCUUCACUUACUUGCAAUAGAAUUUGCAGCUCAAAAUAGAAAUGUUGCAGUUGCAUUUGUGGGUAUCUUAUUAGUUUGCCUGUGAUUGUAGGAACUAUUCUUUUUUAUUUGGAUGCCUACAGCUAACUAUUUGUAAUUGCAAUAGAUUUGUUUGAUUGUUUGAUCCACUAAGAUUGGU